GGACAGAAGCAAAGCCCCAUAGGCCCAGACAUGGCAAUGGAGGUGAAAAGAGGACUGAGGCCUGGCUUUGCUGCCUGAGCUGAUUGCUCUGCUGGUUAUGGCGUCUCAGCCUUCGCCCUGGAUUUCUGGGAGACUCAGAGAAAACCAGAACUUAGUUAAGUGGCAGGAACGAGUGAGGGGCGGCUCCAGGGGAGCCAUCCCUGGUGCAAGCCUCCAGCUUCCCUACUUUCUUUCCUCCAUGCUCUUCCGGCUUUUCCUAAAGCCCCGUUUGACUUCUCCAAGAAGCCCAGGCCACACCAGGCAGAUAUGGUGUUCUGCAGAGGCCACAGCCACAUGCUGCCCUGUCAUGGUUUCCUUUCCCUCCAGGAGCAAACUCCCCGAGCACCAUGCUUGGGGCUGGUCAUCUCUGACACACCCAACACAGGGCCCGCCGCCACAGACCAGACUGCAGAUGCUUUUUGGGGACAUGGUUUGACUUUAGCCCGAGAAGCCCCGAAUGUCAGGUUUCAUGCUUAGAAUUAAAGUAAAAAAAACCUAAAGUAGCUUUGUGGCAUUUUCACUAAAGCUCAUAAAGUACUUGAGUUUUCUGGGAAAUGUGCAAAUGCUCAGGACUCCUUGGAUUUACAGUGGUUUCAAGUCAUUUUAGGGGAGAAGCUGACCCAAAAGCCCUUUGAUGAUGGCAGCAGAGGGAUGGCAGAGCCUGUCCUCUGCGGGAGGGACACACUGAAAAGAAAUAAAGCAAGUCCCGAAGGCCAGCAGGGACAUGCUGGGCCCAUCAUGUGCUCUCUCCUUGCAGGACCUGCCAUGUUCCACAGGCUGGGCUGGCUGGUCCUGUACAUCCUUGCUGGGUUGCUACUUAGCUGCCUGCUCUUCCUGGAGGUGGCGGCCAAGCCAGUGGGGUGUCCUCUGACCCACCAGCCCUUCUGGGCUCCUCUAGGGCCUCGCCGCAGCCAGUGUCUACCCAACCACAUGGUGGCUAAUGCCUCUCUAUCCCUGCCUAGCUGUCACCGCUUCUUCUUGACCUAUCGCCACUGCUGCAACUUCUCCAUCUUGCUGGAGCCUUCUGGUUGUGCUGAGGACACCUUUCUGCUCUAGGCCAUCAAGUCACAGCCUGGCCAUGUGGAGCAGUGUGCAGCCAUCUGCAGCACAUGGGGCAGAUGGGGGGGCUGGGCCAGGGUCCAGCAGCUGAAGCUGGGGUUCCUCCUAGGGGCGGCAGAGCCUGUGCCCCCAGCCCAGCUGCUGGCCUGUGAGAGCCAGGAGUUUGAUUAUAUCCUUCAGUGGGACUUUGCUGAGGACUUCUUCAACCUGACACUCAAGGAGCUACACUUGCAGCACUGGGUGGCAGCUGCCUGCCCCCAGGCCCACUUCAUGCUAAAGGGAGAUGACGUUGGCUUUAUCCAUGUCCCCAAUGUGUUGGAGCUCCUGGGUGACUGGAACCCAGCCUAGGACCUCCUGGUGGGAGAUGUCAUCCACCAGGCCUUGCCCAACAGGAACACCAAGGUCAAAUACUUCAUCCCACCCUUCAUGUACAGGGCCCACCACUACCCGCCUUACACUGGCGGCGGAGGCUAUGUCAUGUCCAGAGCCACCAUACAGCACCUCCAAGGAGCAGUGGAACUCUUCUCCAUUGAUGGUGUUGUGAGCAUGUGCCUGAGGAAGCUGGGCCUGAGCCCCCUGAACCAUGCUGGCUUCAAGACAUUUGGAAUCUGGCAGCCCCUGGACCCCUGUCUAUACAGAGGGCUCUUGCACUGCCUCAGCCUCCUGGAGAUGUGGUCCAUGUGGGCUCUGAUGACAGAUGGACUCAAGUGCACAGCUGCUCCCUUGUCCCAACAUUGCGGGGUAGGUUGA